GAUAAUCGUCUCUCUGCUACUUGGUUAUUUUUUGUGCUGGAAUCUUUUAUUUGCUUUGCAAAUCGCCGUAACCCAUCCUUUGUAUCUGGCAGAGCGUUUUGAGAUUGUUUUCGCGAUGGCCGGCUUGUGGCAGUUGUACUUUGGAAGGUUUCCAGUGGCUCUGGCCAUCGUGUUGCUGUUGAACAGCCCUCUGCACCAAGCCAUCGAAUUUGACCCCUACAAAGUCCUCGGAGUGAACAGAGCGACGACCCAGGGAGACAUAAAGAAGGCUUACAAACGCCUGGCCCGCGAGUGGCACCCCGACAAGAACAGGGACCCCAAGGCAGAAGACCGGUUUAUUCAGAUUGGUAAAGCAUAUCAGAUUCUUUCAAAUGAGGAGAAGAGACAGAACUUUGACAGAUAUGGAGAGGCAGAAAGCCAGCACACCUUCGCCCCUCACCAUUUCCGGGGUUUCCACAACUACGAGAGCUUCUUCUUCGAUGACCCCUUUCACUUUCAGUUCAACUCCGGCCAUGACUCGUUCGACGACAAGUACCUGCUGCACUUCUCCCAGUACAUGAAUGAGAUCCUGCCGGACAGCUACCGCAAGCCAUACCUCAUUAAAGUGACCUCGGAUUGGUGUUUCAGCUGCAUUCACAUUGAGCCGGUGUGGAGGGAGGUGGUGCUGGAGCUGGAACCACUUGGGGUAGGAAUUGGCGUCAUCGAUUCAGGGUACGAACGUCGCCUGUUGCAGCACUUGGGGGUGUACCAGCACCCCACUAUUCUGGGAAUCAUCAGCGGGCGAGUGCGUUUUUUCAAAAAUGCUGUGGUUUGGGAAAACCUACGCCAAUUCCUGGAAAACCUGCUGCCGACUAACCUCAUAGAGCAGGUAACUGUCACGAAUUCCGCAAACUUUCUGUCAGCUUGGCAGCAGGACAACAAGCCUCGAGUGCUGACCUUUCAUCAGCGGACCGCAGAGCUGCUGAUGUACAAGCUGGCUGCCUUCACGUACAAAGAUUAUGUGGCUUUUGGCUCCGUGGACACGAAGGUGCAGAAAUCGGAAGAGUUGCUGAAUCAGUAUUCCAUAAAUAUGGACAUUCCAACCUGGCUGAUCUUUAAGGAGAAGGUUACAAAGCCGAUCUAUUUAAUUCAGAACAAAAACAUGAAGAGGCACAUCAUUGAUGAAAUCCUCUCCAAGAACAAGUUCCUGUUGGUGCCGCGGCUCACAAGCCAGAAGCUUUUAGAGGAGCUGUGCCUCGUGAGGGAGAACCGACGGCAGAGGAGGUACUGUGUCCUGCUCAUCACAGGUGAAGGCGAGGGGUUCCGUGCCUCGUACAACUCCUUCGUCUCUUUUGCCUCUGUGAAUGCUGAAGAGUCUUUGCGAUUUGUGUACGUGUAUCGAGAAUGGCAGCAAGCAUUUAGCGAUGCCCUACUCCAGAUGGCACCCAAGCUUACUGCAGCCUCUCAGGUUGUGAUUUUUGAGCAAAGAAACACUCCUGGGAAAGUGUUUUACACGGUGCUGGAGGACGGCUGGACUGGCAGUGAGGAGGAUGAAGAGCGACUGUUUGACCGCCUGAAUCACUUGCUGGCGGAGGGGGACUACAAGCUGCUGCCACACCAGGCCGUGCUGGCGGAGCUCAAUGAAGAAUUUGCCUCUAUAUUUCUCGUGCGUUGGCUCCACGUCUUGAUAGAUUAUGCUUCUCAUUUCUGGGAAUCUGGGUUCAAUCAAAACUGGCGCGAGAUGAUGCCUCUAAUUUCGCUGCUUUUCUCCGUGAUUUUCAUUCUCUUCGGAGCCUUCAUCAUCCAGACCUUCAGUGAACCGAGCGAGCAGGAGAGGAGCCCCGGGGCUGAGAAGCAGGAACCCGCAGCGGCUAAAGCUCAGGAGGAGCCCAAAAAGCAGCGGAGCAACAGCGCGGGGACUCCCAGAUCCCUUGAGAAAAACUACGUUGAAGUGACAGAACUAACCUACGUGAACUACACCAGCAACCUGGUGCGCCUGAUGCCUGGACACAUUAAUGUGUUGGUCGUGGUGACGGACACGACAAAGGACGCUCUGCUACAAAAGUUUGCUCACGAAGUCUAUGCCGUUACCUGGAAUAAAGCACUACACUUCUCCUUUCUAAACCUGACAAAACAUGGCCGUUGGUUAGAGAAUGUGCUGGAGUUCGCCCAGGAUCCUUCGCCAAUAUCAAACGUACCAGACGAGAGUUCCCCAAACCAGGAUUACGCUGGCUACGUGCUGGCUUUAAACGGACACCGCAAGUACUUCUGCCUCUUCAAGCCUCAGGACAGUAGCAGGAAGGAGGGUUGCCCUGCAGCCAACAGCCCGGGGUCAGACCCCCAGGGAUCAGCAGCUGCUCCGGCUGCAGGUGACGAGUCGGGGGGUCAGCAGUCACCGACCCACCCCACUCUGUCUGUCAAACAGACGCAUCAGCUGCUCAACAGACUGAACCUGUGGAUGGACAGGUUUCUGGAAGGAAUAUUGCAACGAUAUUAUGUCCCCCUUUGGCCUGACCUGGAUUAAUGUCCUGUCGUUUGGGCAGAUGGUAUUUUAUGGCUGUAACGUAUCUGAGCCACGCGCUAACGGAAUGGAAUUGUACAGGUUUCCAGUGUUGGAAGGCCCCUCCACACCCCCCCACCCCUAAUCUGACUGUAGCCCGGGACACUCCAGGACUUUGGAAAUUCCUAUUCUCGGUCACCAGUUGCGACAACAGGGUUUAUUGAAACAGAAGAGUAACUAGCAUUGUACCACUGUGCUCUAGCCUGCAGGAGACAUGGGGUGAGAGGAGGGAGUGUGUCCAGGUGAAGCAGAGUUCUGUCGUGGGGUCCGUGUGGAGGCAGCAUGGUCCGUUGCCUGAAAUUCCUCGCGGUCUCAGCCCCAUGGCGGUCGUCUAAGAAUUUGAGGUCCCUCAGGAUUUGGGAAAAAUUGUUAAAUUUAGUUUUCUCCAUUUGUAAAUAAUAAUAAAUUGAU